ACCGGAUGUUUCCUUUCAAGAAAGGUUUCGCCUGGACAAACCAACGUUCAGAGAACUUUGUGGAGACCUAAGGGCUCGUACAAAUCUGCGUGGUACAAAUGCCAUUCCCAUUGAAGUUAAGAUAUUAUGUGCCCUAAGUUUUCUGGCUACAGGGUCCUACCAGAGAAUUGUUGGUGUCACCCAGCAUCUGCCACAGCGCACAGCCAGUAGAUGCAUCCGGCAAGUUGUUGAGGCACUGAACCACCCCAGUAUCACAAACAAGUGGAUAGUGUUCCCGCUAACACGACAAGAAAGAGUGAAAAUAAAACAAGAAUUCCAAAUGAAGUUUCGUUUGCCUGGAGUCAUUGGCUGUAUUGACUGCACUCAUGUGGCCAUUGUAAAGCCAAGUCAUGAGGAACACCUUUUUUUUAACAGAAAAGGGUAUCAUUCUUUAAAUGUACAAAUGAUCUGUGACAGCAAUUUAAAAAUAAUGAAUGUAAAUUCAAAGUUUGGUGGAGCAACACAUGACUCGCACAUAUGGGCUGCAGGUCAAGCAGAACCAUACAUGCGUGAAUUGCAUAGAAAUGGAGAACAAGUUUGGCUAUUAGGUGACUCCGGAUAUGCCCAGAGAGCCUGGCUCAUGACGCCUAUACUCAAUGCUGCAGAAGGUUCGCGAGAAGCGGAAUACACAAGGCGGCACAUCCAAGCGAGAAAUUGCAUAGAAAGAUGCUUUGGUGUCCUUAAAUCACGGUGGAGAUGUUUACUACGUGAUAGAACGCUCCAUUAUCACCCUUAUGUCGCCAGCAGAAUCACAACUGCAUGUGCUGUACUGCACAAUAUUGCAUUACAUGCCCGCAUGCCCGAACCUGACGAGCUUCCACCAGCCAACGAUGAUGAUUUUGUGCAAAUAAACAAUAUUCAAAAUCAUAAUGAUUUAAUCCAGGGCAGAGCCAUGCUAAAUAUUUUAGUUAAUAGAUUGUAGUUUGUUAAACAUUAUGACAGUUUGGUUUUUAUGUAAUUAGUUAGGUUAAUUGGUAAUAAUAUAAUUAGGUUAGAUAAGUAAAAACUAGGAUAAUAUCUGGAUAUUCUGUUUAAUCAUAUUUUUGAAAUACUAAAUAAACACUGAUCCAUCAUACAAUAAAGUCUUUCAAAUAAUCAACCUUAAUAAAAUAAAUGUUAUUUUGAUGAAAUACUGAUAAAUACUAGGGUUUUCACAUAACCAUGCAAAAAAACAAGUCAUAUUCAGUGUUCUAAUCAACAUUAUCCACAGAAAAUCUAACGAUAGUCUUUAUGUUUAUUAUUAAAACUUCUAUCACACAUAUUAAUUAAAACAUAAAAUAAAUCAAACAAAACAUUAAUUAUUAUUAAAACUUCUAUCACACAUAUUAAUUAAAACAUAAAAUA